AUUCAUACAGAAUAGCCAUUCUCCUCUAAGUUAUAGUUCUGUGAUGUGGUUUCACCCCGGUUCUACCCCGGUCCCUUCCAGAAAUCUACCUCGAUGAAAAAAUAGAUUGUGGCAACACUGGGUGCUCUAUGUUAGUUUCGUCUGUGGUUUUGUGUGAAGUCACUGAAGUGUAUUCAUGUUUUAUUAGCAUUAGAGUUAUUCAAUACACGAAAAUGCAGGCUAGUCGACCACAUAUUUCGAGGGAGCAGAAGAAGUUUCUGUUCAAAUAUCUUCAAGAAAAUCCAGAAAUGAUGAGUGCCAAAUUUUUAACCUCAUUGGAAAUUAAAGAUGUUCAAAUGAAAUGGCGGACUCUGGCGAAUAUUCUCAACCGUUUACCAGGAAAUCGUAGCAUUAAAAGCUGGAAACAGUGGAAGAAAACUUGGCAAUAUAUGAAAUCCAAAGCCAAGAACAAAUAUAUCAAGGAUAGUGGUUCACUAACAGAAGAAGAAGAGAGGAUUUUCAGAAUUUCAGGUGGUUUCAACGAAAAUGGACAGUCUUCAAUAAAUGAGGAAACCUUGGUUUUAGAACUACUUGAAAAUAGCAUCGAUAAUAAUGACUAUGUCAAGGUCAAUGAAAGUGAUUACAAACAAGGAAUGCCGCAGAAUAAAAAAUUAUCAGAAAAAAUUGAAAUAUGCGUAGUGGCAGAUGAUUCUGAUAGUGAGGAAGAAGGGGAAAACCAUUGUUUGCCACCUUAUGAAAUCGCUGCGGCAAGAAAUGUCGGUGAUACUCACGUCGACACGACAGAAGCUGUUCAUCAUUCUGAUGAACAAACAGUGAUGACCAAAGCAUUUUACCAUGACAGAAAAUUGUCUUGCUUGAAUAGGAUAGC